ACGACACAGUCGCGGCCGCCGCCAGGUGGAACGGCAGGUGGGCUCAGGUGCCAGCCUGGCCCGGGCCCGGUUGUUGACCGACGCUUCCGGUGAGCGACAGGAGCGACUCUCGAGGGCCUGGAGACCCGUGGGACGGGCUCUGGGGUAGGAGCCCAUCGCCCUGGCCGGGAGUGCCCCCCUAUAUCUAUUCCCCAUUCCCCUGGCGAACUGGGCGGUUGGCCAGCCCAUCCCUACACUCGGAACCAUGUUUGCAGACUUGGAUUAUGACAUCGAGGAGGAUAAACUCGGAAUCCCCACUGUGCCUGGGAAGGUGACCCUGCAGAAGGAUGCCCAGAACCUGAUUGGGAUCAGCAUCGGGGGUGGGGCACAGUACUGCCCCUGCCUCUACAUCGUCCAGGUAUUUGAUAACACGCCUGCAGCCCUAGAUGGCACCGUGGCCGCCGGCGACGAGAUCACUGGCGUCAAUGGCAGGUCAAUCAAAGGGAAGACCAAGGUGGAGGUGGCGAAGAUGAUUCAGGAGGUGAAGGGGGAGGUGACCAUCCACUACAACAAGCUGCAGGCCGACCCCAAGCAGGGCAUGUCCCUGGACAUCGUGCUGAAGAAGGUCAAGCACCGGCUGGUGGAGAACAUGAGUUCGGGGACAGCUGAUGCCCUGGGCCUGAGCCGGGCCAUCCUUUGCAAUGAUGGGCUCGUGAAGAGGCUGGAGGAGCUAGAGAGGACUGCAGAGCUGUACAGAGGGAUGACAGAACACACCAAGAACCUCCUGCGGGCUUUUUACGAGCUGUCCCAGACACACCGGGCCUUUGGGGACGUGUUCUCUGUGAUUGGGGUGCGGGAGCCCCAGCCAGCAGCCAGCGAGGCUUUUGUGAAGUUUGCCGACGCCCACCGAAGCAUUGAGAAGUUUGGCAUUCGGCUGCUGAAAACCAUCAAGCCGAUGCUGACAGACCUGAACACGUACCUCCACAAAGCCAUCCCCGACACGCGCCUCACCAUCAAGAAGUACCUGGACGUGAAGUUUGAGUACCUGUCAUACUGCCUGAAGGUGAAGGAGAUGGAUGACGAGGAAUACAGCUGCAUCGCCCUAGGGGAGCCCCUGUACCGAGUGAGCACCGGCAACUAUGAGUACCGUCUGAUCCUGCGCUGCCGCCAGGAGGCGCGCGCGCGCUUCUCCCAGAUGCGCAAGGAUGUGCUGGAGAAGAUGGAGCUGCUGGACCAGAAGCACGUCCAGGACAUCGUGUUCCAGCUGCAGCGCUUCGUGUCCACCAUGUCCAAGUACUAUAACGACUGCUACGCCGUGCUGCGCGACGCCGACGUCUUCCCCAUCGAGGUGGACCUGGCGCACACCUCGCUGGCCUACGGCCCCGACCAGGGCGAGCUCACUGAUGGCGAGGAUGAGGAGGACGAGGACACGGCCCAGGCCCCCCAGCAGCCCCGGGAGACACGCGGGGCCGCCGGGCCUCUGGACAAGGGCGGAAGCUGGUGUGACUCCUGAGCGCUCCAUGGGACGGGGCAGGGCAGUGGGAGGACCCCGCGGGAGCGGGGCAGCGGCUCACCGCAGGGCAGGGCAGGGCAGGGCGGCAUAAAGGCCUGCUGGCUCGGCUUGGGGCGCCUGCCUCCCUGCUCCUCUGUCCUCGCACAGCGAAUCCGGGCUCCUGCCCAGGACAAGCCCCAGGGCCUCAGCCUGGGCCCUGGACACCGGCCCUCACCCUUCCCACCUCCCCGGCCCGGCCUCAGGAAGGACAGGGCAGCGAGGAAGAGGGGCUGGGCCCGAGGUGCCGCUCCGUGUGCUCCGGCCUGCUGCGAGCGGGGCGGGUGGACGGCCAGGCUGGCCAGCCUCUCACGCACACCUCCAAGGCCUUUAUUUAUUUUGUUACUGGGCUCAGUCGCUUCUGGAGAGGGUUGGGCACCGGGCUUCAUUGAAUAAACUCAAACCCAGAUA